AUGUCAGCCCAAAAUACCGCCAGUGGUGCUGAAUCAAGCAAACCAACCCUACCGGCCAACGUCUGCAUAUUUUCGCCGAAAAAGCUCUCAGCAGUUAAAGCUUUGCUGGACGCGCGCGUCUUCACACGCCUUGUCGCAAGUGCCAGCACGAAACCAGGACAGCUCGCAGCGGCCAUCAAGUCAUACCAGGGAGCAGACGAGAGUUUCUGCCUCGUUCACGGCGAUUCGGUCCUUAUCUUUGACGGAGGCGAAGGAGACAAACAGGGUGACGAACUGGAGGAUUUUCAUCACGAGCAUUUCCGGAUCGUUUGUCUGGCUCUCAAGGAACAUGAUAUUGGCCUGGAUGUGACUGGAUGCAUACAUGAUGCUAAUGAUGCUCUCGGGGCUGGGUUCCAGCUUGACAAGUUGAAUGAUGGAGCCGCGUUGGUUAUCGACCUGGUUGAGGUGGAGGAGGACAGCGACGAUGAGGAUCAAGCUGCAUGA